AAUAACUACUUUAAUCAAUAUUAUAUCUCUCUCAAUUAUGUAUUUCAUGCACCAGGUAAUCGGGCUUAAUUAAAUAUUGCAAUGGGCAAUACUGAAACUAAACUAAGCUUUCGGAAAGCUGUGAUUCAGCUCACAACGCGAAUGCAACCAGUUGAGGCAAAUGAUGAUGCGUUUUGGGAUCAAUUCUGGACCGAACCGAUAAAUAACGUGCAGGAUGUUUUUGCACUGGUGCCUGCUGCUGAAGUUCGUGCUUUGAGGGAAGAAUCACCCUCAAAUCUUGCAACCCUGUGUUACAAGGCUGUUGAAAAGCUAGUUCAGGCUUCUGACAGUGGUUGCCACACUGACAGAGAGCAGCACAUUGUUUUAAACUGCUGCCGACUGUUAACUCGGAUACUGCCUUACAUUUUCGAAGAUCCAGAUUGGCAAGGAUUUUUCUGGACAAGUCUGCCAACAAAUUCCAAUGAAACAGACCCAAAUGGGGAGCCUUGCGCCCCUCUGGCAAAGUCACUGAUACUGUCUUUGUCUAACUUGCUGUACUGCCCUGAGUUCACUGUGGCAUCGCACAGCAAGAAAGGUUCGACUGAUAAACCAGAAGACCUCACCAGCGUGGAUAGUUGCGAAUAUAUUUGGGAAGCCGGGGUCGGUUUCCCACGUUCCCCUCCAGCGUACGGUUACAUCGACCAGAACCGCACAGAGAUCUUGAAACUUCUUCUCACUUGCUUUUCGGAAACCAUCUACACCCCACCAGGUGCAGGUGAUGAUUCUGCAGCCAACAAAUGGAUUGAAUGUUUUUGCUCCUCUGAUAACCGUCAAGCAUUGCCCUUAUUUACGUCACUUCUUAACGUUUUUUGUGCUUACGAUCCUGUAGGGUUAGGAGUCCCUUACAACCAUCUUCUGUUCCAUGAUUACAGGGAACCUUUAGUUGAAGCUGCUUGCCAGAUUUUAAUUGUAGCAUUGGAUCAUAACGCAGCAGAAAAAGAGGACGAACCAGUCGACAGUUCAAGUCUUUCACCAUCCAUUCUUUCAACAAGCGGAAGUAGUUCAAACCUUUUUAUCAACUAUUUAUCUCGCAUCCAUCGUGACGAGGACUUUGCUUUCAUCCUUUCUGGCAUCUGCAGACUCCUCAACAAUCCUCUCCAACAAACAUACUUGCCUGGCUCCACAAAGAAGGUUGGGUUUCACCAAGAGCUUCUUGUGUUCUUCUGGAAGUUGUGUGACACGAAUAAAAAGUUCCUUUUCUUUGUCUUGAAAAGCAGUGAUGUAUUAGAUAUACUCGUCCCCAUAUUAUACCAUUUAAAUGAUGCAAGAGCAGAUCAAUCUCGAGUGGGAUUAAUCCACAUUGGUGUGUUUAUACUUCUCUUACUAAGCGGUGAACGUAACUUUGGUGUUCGGUUAAACAAACCGUUCUCCGCUGCUGCACCUACAGAUGUACCUGCAUUUGCUGGAACACAUGCGGAUUUCCUUGUUCUUGUUUUUCACCGUGUAAUAACUGCCGGCCACCAACGACUACAACCAUUAUAUGAUUGCUUGCUGACCAUUAUUGUGAAUGUGUCACCUUACCUAAAGUCUCUUUCAAUGACGGCAGCUUCCAAGUUACUUCAUCUGCUUGAAGCCUUCAGUACUCCAUGGUUCCUGUUUUCUUCCCCACAGAACCAUCACCUUGUGUUUUUUCUACUUGAAGUUUUCAACAAUAUUAUACAAUACCAGUUUGACGGAAAUGCUAAUUUAAUUUAUACCAUCAUUAGAAAGCGUCAGGUGUUUCACCAGCUAGCAAACCUGCCGACUGAUUCAGCUUCAUUAUCUAAAGGUGUUAACAAGAAGAGAAAUCGACCUCAAUCUGCGUCAAAUUCUGAACGCAAAGAUACACAUGGAGAGGUGUCUACAGUAGAAGUGGCUGAAUCAGGAGUCUUAAGCACAUCAUUAGCAGCAACACCAGAUCUAGGUAAUUUGGUCUCGCAAGUUCACAGUGAAAGAGCUGAGAAGCAAAGUCCACAAUCUCGACAAAGUGAGGCAGAAAACUCAGAAGUAGAAGCAAACCGUGCGUCUCCUUAUUACCCAGAAUCUCCGGAUGCAACGAACCAUACUAACCAUGAAGAACCUUUGGAAUGGUCCCCAACAUCUGACUGGGUCCAAUCAUGGAAAUCUAAGUUACCCCUCCAGACGAUUAUGAGAAUGCUGCAAGUUCUAGUGCCUCAAGUGGAGAAAAUCUGCAUUGACAAAAACCUCACCGACGAAUCAGAAAUAUUAAAAUUCCUUCAGCAUGGUACGUUGGUUGGUUUAUUGCCCGUACCUCAUCCUAUCCUGAUCCGUAAAUAUCAAGCGAACGCAGGUACCACAUCAUGGUUCCGCACCUACAUGUGGGGUGUGAUAUACCUUCGUAAUAUUGAUCCCCCCAUAUGGUACGACACUGAUGUCAAGUUGUUCGAUAUACAGCGUGUGUAGAAUGUAAUUUUUUUAUUCCGUAUCGUAUGGGUGUGGACCUUCUGGACCUGGGAUUUAGGCCAGAUUUGGCCCAUUACCCCAACACCCUUUUACGUAAGUGACUUGCUCGCGAUAGUGAAGUCCUGGUGUGACUGUGAAAUAUAAAAUGUUUUUCCUGAUAAUUGUUAACAUAAGCUCAAACAUUCACUUUGUAUAAAGAAACACCACCUGGUUCCAAUGUUACUUUAAACUUAUCCCCCAUUUUUGGUCCAAUUGGAAAGCAAGCUAUUUCUAGUUUUUUUGCUAAGUUUUUAAUUCCCAUUACUGUUUUUUAGAAGCAAAUACGUCAAUUGUAAACUAGUUGACUUUUUACUUAAUUUUUUUCUGCUUAUACACAAAGUAACUUGAACUAAUUUUGAUGUGUCAACUCAUUUGUACUUCUAAGUUCUAAUGUUAGCAACAAAAAAUAAGAGGUUUACAAUAUAUAACAACGUAGCAUUGCCAUUUUAGAGCUUGUUAUUAUUUGUAGUAAUUUUUCCGAAAUACGGUAAAAGACGUACUAAGACUUGAGUAAACUUUUUAUAUUCUGUUGUGAUUGUAGAUUACUUUUAUUUGUUUUGUGUCUGUAGCAUUCCUUGGUGUUUGUAGCCCGUUGUUGUAGUGUAGUACUGUGGGGUAAGAUGGGACACCUUUAGUACAUAAUAUCCAAAUAUCCUGAUUGUGUUUUAAACAAUUAACAACGGUCUAAGGGAGUCAUAAGAAUGCAGUUUUAUAAUUCUUUGAAUGUUCUUUGCUUACCAUCAAAUGGGACAAGAAAAUAGAAUGAAAAGGUGUCCCAUCUUUCCCCAUCCUACUAUAUAACCAUAAAUAGUUGCACUCUUUUAUACAAGUUAUUGUGAAACUUAAUAUUUUUGUUGAAUUGUUUUUUAGCCACGUAGAAUAUUUGCAACUCUCUGUGUUUAAAUAGAUGUUAUAUUAAGAAGCUUAGGUUGUUUAUAUUAUGAACUUUAAUUAUUUAUAUGAAUGAAUUAUGACCAUAAGUUACCACAAUCUUUAGUUUACCCCAACUUUAAUAUAUAUGCUCUGUUUUAUUAUGUAUUCUGUAUCAGGUAGAAGUUUUUGUGCGAAAAUUGAUGCUUAGAUUAUGAUAGGGUAGGGUGGGGGAAGAUGGGACAGCUUUAGCACGUAAUAUCCAAAUAUCCUGAUCAGUGGUGCAGCCAGAAAAAAAAUAAGGAGGGGGUUUAAUCAAAAAAAUUCCAAAAAUUUUUUUUUAAUAAUAUUUUUAAUAUUUUUUUUUUUGAUUAAAAGGGGGGGGGGGGUGCGACUGCCUAAACCCCCCCUGGCUGCCCCACUGAUCCUGAUCAUGUUUUAAAUAAUUAACAACAGUCUAUGGAAGUCGUGAGGAUAUGGUUUUAUAAUUUAUAAAAUGUUCUUUGCUUACUACCAAAUAGGAAGAGAAAAUGGAAUGAAAAUGUGUCCCAUCUUCCUCCACCCUACUAUAUAUAAAUUAUCAUUAGGCAAGCUAGUGUGCUACAUAAGUUACUGUCAUAACAUCAAAGUCAAAUCUUUGUGUCAAAUCAAUAUUUAAACUUAAAAAAAUUUGUAUUGUUUUAAUAUUUCAUUCAAAUAUCAAUUAUGACCAUAUUUGGAAAAUCCCGAUUUUUCCGUCUUCUCAUGAGUUUUAUAUUUAUUGAUGUAAUUGUGCAAUAUAUCACUAUUUGGCUUCACGUGAUAAGAUUCAUAUGAAUACAUGAGCUGUUUGUAAAGUCCUGUAAGGUUAAAUGUUUUGUUAAAG